UAUGUAUAUGUGUGCAUAUACGCACUUUGUGUGAGCGUAAGAUGCGCUCAGAGCGAGCACAAAGAGCGGCAUUGAAAUAGGCUUAAGCUUAAAGGGCAAGGCAAAGCCACAGAAGCAGCAAGACAAAGUUUGCUAAUUGCCCAAAUUAACGGAAAUCUUUGAGCAUCCAGCAAAAAUCCAAAAGGCAUACAAAUUUGCUGAGCGCAGCAACAAAAUAAAACUUGCUGAAGCUUCAGAUUUUGAGCGCGAGUGGAGGUGUUAAGCGAAAAUACUUGGAAAAAAUAUACACUCUCAGACACACAGAGAGAGAGUGAGAGUGAGAGCGAGAGAGGUGGAUCGUGUGGGUUGGUAUUCACGCCGGCUGGCCUUUGCCAACUGUUGCGUGAGCAGGCCUCCGCAAAAAGCUCCAACAAGAGCGCAAGCAAUGCGCUCUUCUUAUGAAAUACGUUGGCCGCGAGAGCGCAGCUAUAAAAGCGUGCGCUCGCCAGUGUCUGGCAUUCAUUGUGAAAUUGCAAAUCAAAAUUGAAACAAGCACAAAGCAAGACGGUUAAACGGAUUUCAAAGCGCGCAGCGUCAACGUGAAAAGAAUUUCAUAAGCAAAAGUUAAUAAAGCGCAAAUUGCCAAAAACAAAAAAGAUUAAAACCCAAUAAACUGACUAACGCUAAUCAAACAAGCAACAACAGAGCAGUGCUACCCCAACAAAAACAGACAAAAAGUGUGCGACAACCAAACACACACAAAGUGCAAACAGAAGCUUCGAAAAUAGCUCAAGCUUCAGCUCAAGUGACAAGCCCAGAGAUUAACACAUCCAAUAUGGUCGUUGAGGAAUCAGCCAACAUGCAUCAUUAUCACCACAACGACAGCCUCGAGCUGGCCGAGUGCGCCAUGCCCAUCGGACGUACCGUUAAAACGGCUCUGCUGCGAGCCCAAUCAGAAUCUCGUGUGAUUGUCGGCCUAUCGGCGGCCAUCAAUACGCUGUCCAAGUCGCCGGAGGGUUCACUCUUCUGCCUGAUGGCCGUGCCCAAGGCUGGCGAUUCGGCCACGCACAUGCACGAGGUGCUGCUGGAGGCGUUCUGCUAUGAGAACGACAUCUAUGUUAUUAAAGUGGACGAUGCCACCAAGCUGAGCCGCAUUCUGGGCCAGGAGAGCAUCGAGUCAUGCUGCCUGGUGCAAAAGACCUGGAGCGGCGAGCAGAGCGAGGAGCAGCUGAACAAGGCCGAGAAUCAACUGGUCGACUACUGCGAGGCCCAUUGGGAUGCACCGCAGCAUCCCAUUGUCCAGCUGCCGGCUGUAUAAAUCCUGUUGAGAGUGAGACAGAAGUUGAACACAGCCCGUCACAGUGGGGCAAAAGAUGGUUUUAAAGGAAACAAACACAACCAGUUAAGACAAGGUUAAUGUACCCGAACGUUUGGAGAGUUCUGCGGAAACCGACGUUGGGACAUAUCCCAAUUAUAUAUAUCAACUAUAUCAUAUAUAUACAUAUGUAUAAGUGUAUAUGGAAGCAGGAGAAGGAGGUGGAGUCGCAGCGAAAGCAAAAGUAGCUGCGACACGAUGGUCAAUUAUCUAUUAUGCUAGAUGCUAGAAGAGAGAGCGAGGCAGGCGACGACAGCGACAACGACCUUCGUUGGAGCAGCGCAGCAACAGGCGAGAAUGGAGCAGAACACACAGCAGCAACAACAACGACAACAACAACAACAAACACAUGGCUGCUGCGGAAGUGCAUGCACUCUCGCUCACUCUCUCUCUCUCUCUUUGAUCUGGCAACAAUUUCGCAACCAGAGGCAAACCAACACACACACACGCACGCACACAUGCGCACACGCUUAAGCGCGUGACCAACUGCUGGUUAAUUUUUAUUUUUUUUUUGAGCAAAAAUAUUGAUAAUGGCGAUUUUGUUCACAAUGAACAGCUUCAUGCCAUAAAUUUGAAUAUCAGAUUAAAAAUAAAAAAAGUAAAAAAAAUUGUAAUUUGUAUUAUUAAAGUUUUGUUAUGUUAGCUUUUCAUAUAGCCGGCA